AUGCACGUCAAGGAAAAGCUCGCCCAGAAUGAGGCCAACGGGAAGACGGGUAUCUCGUUCGAAUUCUUCCCUCCGAAGACGGCCCAAGGUGUGCAGAACCUCUACGACAGAAUGGAUCGCAUGCACUCUCUCGGUCCCGAGUUCAUCGAUGUCACCUGGGGCGCCGGUGGUCGACUGUCCGAUCUGACUUGCGAAAUGGUGAAUGUUGCUCAAUCAGUGUAUGGACUGGAAACCUGUAUGCACUUGACAUGCACGGACAUGCCGCGGGAGAAAGUAGAUGCUGCUCUCCACGCUGCCUACAAGGCCGGGUGUACCAACAUCUUGGCCUUGCGUGGAGACCCGCCCCGCGACAAGGAGCAUUGGGAAGUAGCUGAUGGAGGGUUCAGCUACGCGAAAGAUCUUGUCAAGUACAUUCGGGAGAAAUAUGGCAAUCACUUCGAUAUCGGUGUGGGAGGUUAUCCGGAGGGCGCAGACGACAAUUCGGAUGUUGAUCUCUUGAUCGAUCACUUGAAGGAGAAAAUUGAUGCAGGAAGUUCAUUUGUGAUUACACAAAUGUUCUACGACACGGACAUCUUUAUCAACUGGGUUAAGAAAUGCCGGGCUAAGGGUAUCACCGUUCCUAUUCUCCCGGGUAUCAUGCCCAUCCAAACAUACGCAGCAUUCCUCCGACGUGCAAACUGGACAAAGGCUCAUAUUCCUCAAGACUGGCUUGACGCCCUUGAGCCCGUGAAGAAUGACGAUGCAGCUGUGAGGGAUAUCGGAAAGACUCUAAUUGCUAACAUGUGCCGGCGACUUCUCGAUUCUGGGUUGAUCAAGCAUCUUCAUUUCUACACGAUGAACCUCCAACAAGCGACACAAUUGGUCCUCGAAGAAUUGAACCUUGUCCCAUCGGAAGAGACACCGCUCCCAAAACCUCUCCCAUGGCGGCCGUCGCUUGGUCUCAAGCGACGCGGAGAGGAUGUUCGCCCUAUCUUCUGGCGGAACAGGAACUCGUCUUACAUUGCACGUACCCAGACUUGGGACGAGUACCCGAACGGCCGUUGGACCGACUCCCGAUCACCUGCCUUCGGUGAGCUUGAUGCAUAUGGUGUAGGCCUGAAGGGUACGAACGAGCAGAACAUCAAGUUGUGGGGCGAACCCAAGUCUGUGCAAGACAUUACGACCAUUUUUGUUCGCUAUUUGAAGGGCCAGCUGGCGCGACUGCCAUGGAGUGACACCGCCAUCUCAGGGGAAGCCGAUGCCAUCAUGGAAAACCUGAUCAACCUCAACAGUAGAGGCUUCCUUACAAUUAAUUCGCAGCCUGCUGUCAAUGGUGCCAAGUCCUCUCACCCAGUGCAUGGAUGGGGUCCAAAGAACGGCUACGUCUACCAGAAAGCAUACCUUGAGCUGUUGGUGCCCAACGACGUGGUUGAUGAGCUGAUCUCGCGCAUCGAGAAGAACGCAGACCUGACGUACCACGCCGUCUCGAAGACCGGCGGGCUAAGAACGAACACUCUUGACAGUCCGAAUGCGCUGACAUGGGGUAUUUUCGCGGGACGCGAGGUCAUCCAACCCACGAUUGUGGAAACGGUCAGUUUCCUGGCCUGGAAGGAUGAGGCCUAUCGUCUGGGCGAGGACUGGGCCAAAUGCCAUGACGCCGCCAGCCCAAGUAGGAAGUUGAUCCAGAACCUCGUGGACAACUGGUCCCUCGUCAACAUUGUUAACAACGAUUUCCACAACACUUACGAUAUCUAUAAAUUGUUUGAUGGCUUGAACGUCAAAGAUCUUGAUGUUGAAGUCUCCGGGGAUGCACCGGUACCUCAACAAAACGGAGCAUCAGCUAAGGCUGCUGCAGCCAACUAA